GAGCAGAGAGUCUAUUAUUUGUACAGGGGCCUAAACGCAAAAAUUCUCUUCCCUUCCCUUCGCGUCCCCUCUGCUCCCAUCUAGCCAGCCCAUCUGCUCUCCGCCCUCUCCGUAAGGAAGCAAAGACGCAAACCCCUCGUCCCCCCAGAAACCCUAACCCUCGCGCGCCCGCUUCGUGGACUCCCCUGCCGCGCUCGCUGCCCCCUCGACGCCGCCAUGGGCUCCGACAUGGAGGACUACGGAUUCGAGUACUCGGACGAGGAGCCGGAGGAGCAGGACGUCGACAUCGAGAACCAGUACUACAACUCCAAAGGUAUGGUUGAGACAGACCCAGAGGGUGCACUUGCUGGUUUUGAUCAAGUAGUCAAAAUGGAGCCAGAAAAGGCUGAAUGGGGAUUUAAAGCUCUUAAACAAACUGUCAAGCUUUACUAUAAGCUGGGGAAAUACAAAGAAAUGAUGGAUGCCUACAGGGAGAUGUUAACAUACAUAAAAUCUGCUGUGACCCGAAACUACAGUGAGAAAUGUAUAAACAACAUAAUGGAUUUUGUUUCUGGAUCAGCUAGUCAGAACUUUUCUCUUUUACAAGAGUUCUACCAGACAACACUGAAAGCUCUUGAAGAAGCAAAAAAUGAGAGAUUAUGGUUCAAGACAAACCUGAAGCUUUGCAAAAUUUGGUUUGAUAUGGGGGAGUAUGGCCGCAUGAACAAGAUCCUGAAGGAGCUGCAUAAAUCUUGUCAAAGGGAAGAUGGUUCUGAUGACCAAAAGAAAGGCACACAGCUUUUGGAAGUCUAUGCUAUUGAAAUCCAAAUGUACACUGAAACAAAGAAUAAUAAAAAGCUCAAGGAAUUGUAUCAGAGGGCUCUGUCUAUCAAAUCAGCAAUACCUCAUCCAAGAAUCAUGGGUAUAAUUCGCGAAUGUGGUGGUAAGAUGCACAUGGCUGAGAGGCAGUGGGCAGAAGCUGCGACUGAUUUCUUUGAAGCUUUCAAGAACUACGAUGAAGCAGGCAACCCGCGGAGAAUUCAAUGUCUCAAAUAUCUCGUCCUUGCCAAUAUGUUAAUGGAAUCUGAAGUGAAUCCUUUUGAUGGACAAGAGGCCAAGCCGUACAAAAAUGAUCCUGAAAUCCUUGCAAUGACAAACUUGAUUGCAGCGUACCAGAAGAAUGACAUCAUGGAAUUUGAAAAGAUCCUAAAGAGUAAUAGACGGACAAUAAUGGAUGAUCCUUUCAUCCGUAACUACAUUGAGGACCUAUUGAAGAACAUCAGAACUCAAGUCCUGCUCAAGCUUAUCAAGCCAUAUACACGGAUCAGGAUACCAUUCAUUUCACAGGAACUCAAUGUCCCCGAAAAGGAUGUCGAGCAGCUGUUGGUAUCCCUGAUUCUGGACAACCGGAUCCAGGGCCACAUAGAUCAGGUGAACAAGCUGCUAGAACGUGGAGACAGGUCCAAGGGGAUGAGGAAGUACAAUGCCAUCGACAAGUGGAAUAGCCAGCUUAAGUCAAUCUACCAAACGGUGUCCAACAGAGUUGGGUGAGACGGCUACUGGCCGUCGCGUGAUUUGCACUUAUGAGAUAUGUUGAUAGCCUGUUUUGGGGAUCUGAGGGCAAAUACAUAUUGUUUUAUGACGCUUGAGGUAGAAAGUUGGAUCUGGGUGACGCGAAAUGCCGAUGUAAUGUAGAGCUUGAACUGAUCCCAGUGUUCUUACUUAGAGUCUGAGGCAUUACUGUGGUCCAAGCCAAUUGCCAGUGGGGAAAACAUGUAACUACAUCCAUCUGGUUCCUUCACAACUUUUUUUGUGCUUACUGCCCAAGAUUCCUUUACAUGCUUGAACCAGCUGGGAGGCAGCUGCA